AUGGUUGUCGGACAAAACGGUGCACAUCAACAAGAAGAGUCAGUAUACAAUUUAAUACCUCGUGUUCAAGUUCAGGCACCAAAACCACCUCGAUAUGAAUCAAAAUUUAAAUCUACUGUUCGUGAAUCAUUCAAAGAUGGUAAACAUGAACAUCGAACAAUGGGCUAUGCUGACGAACCAGUACCAGAUCCACAACAAUUUCUCAAGAAAAAACAAAAUGAAAGCAAAACUAUGGCUUCUUCUGUUGCAAAAGAAACAUCAUCAAAAAAAGAUUCUCCCCAACGUAAACCGCCUGUACCAAGCAUUCGUGAUGCGCCUAAAAUGGGUACAAGAACUGAAAAAAAUUUCGUUCAAACAAAUGCUCUUGAUGUCGUAAUGACAGUACCAAAAAAACCGGAGAGAAACGUCGUGGAUGAUCGAUUCGGUGAUAAAUUUCCAAUUGAUCAAAGUGGUUUAGCACCUAAAUAUGUUUUUAAAAAAAAUUUUGGUGAAGUACCAGUUUAUAUAAAAACUCGUCGAGACGAAAUGGAAAAGGCUAAACAAGAAUAUCAAGCUUAUGUUUCAGAUUAUUUUCGACGUGGAGCAAUGCGUGAAAUGGACGAUAAUGAACGACAAACAAUCAUUGACGGUUUAAAGAAACAAUGGGAAGAUGUUCAUCAUGAAUAUCAAACACUUUCGGUUAUCAUUGAUACAAUCCCGAAACGACAACAUAAAGAACGUCUUGAACAUCAAAUGCAACUACUUGAAAAAGAUAUUGAUUUACUUGAAAAACAUCAAGUUAUUUAUAUUGCUGACUAA